AUGACGAUAAAACAUGAGGUGAAGUACCUGGACUGGACCUUCAGUUUCCGCAUGUCUCCCUUCAGCGGCCCCCUGGUGUAUGACGUCAGGUUCAGAGGGGAGAGAAUCGCUUACGAAAUAGGACUCUCGGAGGUUGCAGUCUUUUAUUCUGGGUUUGCUCCCUUUAUGCAAACUCAAGACCUGGCAGACAGUGGCGCCCUCCUGGGUACACAUGCCAAGACUCUGGUGGCUGAUGUAGACUGUCCCGCCUCGGCGACGUUUGUGAACCAGGUUCUGUGGACUCCCCAGACGUUCGUGAACCAACACAGCGCUGAGCCAGCCGUGUACGCGCGUACCUUCUGUGUGUUUGAGUUCCCCAACGGCUACCCUCUGAGGAGACACUCGGCCUAUGGACUGCACCAGGGAGCCUUCUACGGCGGUAUGCAGGACAUCGUGCUCACGCUGCGGUCAGCGCUGACCAUUGGGAACUACGACUAUCUCGUGGACUUUGUCUUCCACCAGAACGGCGUCAUCGACGGACGCUUCAUGAGCACAGGCUAUAUCCAGAGCUCCAUGUAUUCUCACAACGAGCGGUACGGCUUCCAGAUCAGCAAGGGUGUGCUGGGAAAUCUCCACCAACACCUGGCUCACUUCAAGGUCGACCUGGAUGUUGGUGGCACGGACAACAGAUAUCACACGCUGGACAUUAGACCUCAGGAGAUCAACAUGACACUGGUUUCUUGCUCGUUCUCCCGGAAGUUCCCGGACCGGAAGUACCACCAGAGCCAUUUUGAGCCACAUUUGCUGCGGGACGAGCAGGAAGCGUUGUACCAGUUCAACUUCGACACGCCCAGAUACCACGUGAUCAGUAACGAAGCUAAGAAGACGGACACGGGCCUGGCGAGGGGAUACAGGCUGACCUUGAACGGCAUGAGCAAGUUCCUUCAGUCACGUGACCAGCAGAACGAGCCUCUGGCAUCCUGGGCGCGUCACCAACUGGCGGUGACCAGACACAAGGACAGCGAGCUGACGUCAUCCUCUAACUACGCCAUGUUUGAUCAGCUGGAGCCCACCGUCAGGUUCACAGACUUCUACAAGGACAAGGAGAACAUCGUCGACCAGGACCUGGUGCUGUGGCUGACCCUGGGCAUGCACCACAUCCCCCACACAGAGGACCUGCCAGUGACCACAACGACGGGAACCGUCCUCUCCUUCUCCCUUCUGCCCUACAACUUCUUCCCCGAGUGCCCCUCCAUGAGCUCACGGGAUAACGUGUUCAUCGGGCACAAGAAUCGCAGGGACCCUUCUCAAGGAGUCCGAGUGGACCAGUUUAACGGCCCCGACGACCAGUGCGUGUCUCCAAAGUCCACGUUCUUGGAAGAUCUGGAGGGUGACCCAGAUAUCGUUAUACAGACCAAUAAGCCUCACUUGGUGCAGUGA